CAGAGAGACCGGGCUGCAUCCUCGAGUUAACGUGUUUCCAGAAAAACAACAACGAGCUCAUCAGUGAUAAAGGUGACAAAUAUGAAGCAAAGUGUGAACGGAAAGUCUUCACGCGACCAUGGUGGUAAAGGGGACGAGGCCUGAGUAGGGCAGGCGGCGAUUGAUGCGACUGAUGAGACCAGACACGAGCCACAUGAGGCCCACUGACAAUGCAGGAGUCCCCUGCGUAACAGGUGAGAUGGCUGGUGAAAAUAUUACCAUGGACCCUGCUGCAGUUACUUCAAACCAGAGCAGCUGUGAUGUGUUUGUGUACCAAAGCGCUGCAGUGGUCCUUUUCCCCAUUUUCUACUCUGUGGUUUUCAUCAUCAGUGCAUGUGGCAACAGUUUGGUUCUCUAUGUCAUCUGUCAGAGGAAACAGAAGUCCAACUCCACCUCCAUCUAUCUGGUCAACCUCGCUUUAUCUGACACUCUCUUCACACUGGCUCUUCCUGGGAGAAUUACGUAUUACAUCCGUCACUUUGACUGGCCUUUUGGUGACUUUCUCUGCAAAAUUACCACACUUCUUUUCUUUACAAAUACAUAUGCAGGUAUUGCCUUCAUGACCUGCAUCAGCCUGGACAGAUACCUGGCCAUGGUGCAUCCACACCGGCUGCAGUGUUUGAGGAGUGUAAAGGUUGUUCGCAGGGUCUGCUGCCUGGUCUGGGCUCUGGUAUCUCUGCAGGUAGCUCCUCUGCUGCUCCGCAGCAUGCUGCAUGAGCAUCAAGGAAGACGAACCUGUAUGGAGUACUUCAACUUCGAGGGGUCUCGCUUCACUCCUUAUCUCCUGCUUCUGGCUUGUGCCAUGUCCUUUUGCUGUCCACUUACCACUAUCAUGUGUUGCUAUGCCAAGAUCAACCUCAAACUGCGAGAUGCAGCCAAGAAGAACUCUGUAACUGGCCGCUCAAGGAGGAAUCACAGGGCCAAUACUAUUAUCCUGCUCAUCCUCCUCACGUUCAUCGUAUGUUUUAGCCCUUAUCACAUCAACGUCAUCCAGUUCAUGUCCAGGAAAAUACACCACCAGCCAACUUGUGAAGAACUGAGAGCCUUUAAGGUAGCCUUACAGGUUACCGUCUCAUUAAUGAACUUCAACUGCUGCUUGGAUCCAGUCAUCUACUUUUUUGCUAUUAAGACGUACAAGAAGAGAGUGAUGAGCCUGUUUAAAGACUAUCUCUACACUUCCGGCGCCUCCUCCAAAAUGACAGCUGAGAACAGCAGCAGCAACACCUGAGAAACCACAGCUGAUCUUGCAAGAUGUACAUCUGGAACAUAUGCCACAGAGAAGUCCUAGUUACCAUGCUAAACUCAAAAAGGCCUUGCUGUAUUGUCUAUUUAAAUGAUGCCUUUUAACCAAGAUACAGUAUGUAUCACUUCUGUACAGACAC